ACAUGUAAGUCCAAAGUACAUUUUUGUGUGUAACUAAAUAUAUAACUCAACCAUGACCUUGGUUACAUAGUAAUAGACGAGACGUCUUGUGAUACAGUCGCAGUUAGUGGUUUCUGUUGGAAUUUGAAUAGAUAAAUAAAUAAUCAAACAUGGGUGUGAAACUAUACACAUUAGACGCGAGCCCCGCAGCGCGCGCCGCCAUGAUGGCUCUUGAAAUAUUCAAUGUUCCCUUCGAAAAGAUAGACGUUAAUCUUGGUGAAGGGGAACAUUUAACACCGGAAUAUCUAAAAAAAAAUCCAAUGCACACAGUACCUGUGUUAGAGGAUGGAGACCUUAUUCUACAUGACAGUCAUACGAUUCUAACGUACUUAGCUGACACCUAUGGAAAAGAUGACUCAUGGUACCCAAAGGACACCAAGAAGAGGGCACUGGUUGACCAAAAACUAUUCUUUGAUUCCGCAAUUCUGUACAGGAGGGGCCGAAACAUUUCUACUUCCGUGAUUAUGGAAGGGAAGAAAACAAAAGAACAGAAACAUUUGGACCUUAUUGAAGAAGCAUUCGGUUUCAUGGAAGCGUUCCUCUCUCGCACCGCCUACAUCGCUGCAGACCACGUCACCAUCGCUGAUGUGUCAGCCUUAAGUAGCAUGUCGUCCUUGGUGAAUUUACACAAGUUUGAUGAAAAAAAAUACCCAAAAACUGCAGCUUGGUACAAGAAAAUGAAGAGUACACCGUACUGCAAAAAAUACAAUGACCAUGGAGAAAAGGCUUUACAUGAACUAGUGACAAAACUCUUGAACUCAUGGAAAAAUCCUAUGCACACAGUCCCAGUAUUAGAGGAUGGGGACCUAAUUCUACAUGACAGCCACACGAUUCUGACGUAUUUGGCCGACACCUAUGGAAAAGAUGACUCAUGGUACCCAAAGGACAUCAAGAAGAGAGCACUAGUUGACCAAAAACUAUUCUUCGAUUCCGCCAUUCUAUACGCUAGGGGCCGAAACAUUACUUAUUCCGUGAUUAUGGAGGGAAAUAAAACAAAAGAGCAGAAGCAUUUGGACCUUAUUGAAGAAGCUUACGGUUUCAUGGAAGAGUUUCUCUCUCGCACCACCUACAUCGCUGCAGACCACGUCACCAUCGCUGAUGUGUCAGCUCUAAGCAGCAUGUCAUCCAUGGUGAAUUUACAGAAGUUUGAUGAGAGCAAGUACCCAAAAACUGCUGCUUGGUACAAGAAAAUGAAGAGUACACCGUACUGCAAAAAAUACAACGACCAUGGAGAAAAACUUGUGAUUGAAUGGUUAGCAAAACUCUUAAACUCGUAAUAAUAUCUCGAGAGAGUUUUAGUUAUACCUAAGGAACAAUGACAAAAUAUUUAUUAUUUAAAUUAUUACAAUAAAAUAUUGU